AUGUCGUACAUACUGCGCCACAAAGAUGGUGACAAGGCAACUGCUGACCUUCUGAGGAUGAUUAACAUCAUUGCCCCUGGAAGUGUACCCCAGUCAAAGUACUUGUUACUGAAAGCUGUAGAUGCUCAUGCGGUAGAAGCAGAAAAACAUCACUACUGCCCUGUCUGCCAAGGGUACUUGGGUCUUCCUGGCGACAUCUCAAAAUGUGAGAAUUGUGAGACUGAGCCGGAUCCCGAGUCAUGUGCGUUCUUUUUAGUGUUGCCGAUAAAACAGCAGCUGCAGCGGAUUCUUGUGCAGCCAGAUCUUAAGUGGAUGGCAGCAACACCAACAGGGCCCGAUAUAUCAGACAUUGUUGACGGUCAAGAACAUGCAAGACUAUGCAGCGACUUUUCAAGUGACGACUUGUCACUCAUCUGGAAUACAGAUGGCAUUAGAGCAUUUGAAAAGUCGACGUACAAUAUUUGGCCCAUACAGUGCCAAAUACUCCAACUGGACCCAACCAUACGCAAACAAAACAUGCUAAUGCCAGCUAUUUGGUUUGGGUUUACCAAGCCAAAUAUGACAACACUGCUAACACCAUUCGCAAGGGAGCUGCAGGAACUAGAAGCCGGGUUUCCUUGCAUCAGGGAUGGGAAAACAGUAAACAUGCGUGUGUUUGCUGUGGUUUGCUCUGUGGAUGCUGUCGCAAGAUCGGCAGUAAAAAACUGCAAACAGUUUAAUGGAUUUUUUGGAUGUGGAUGGUGUUAUCACCCAGGGGGUUCCCAUUACCCGUACCUAGACCCUGCACCUGAGAAGCGCUCAGAGAAUGCCCACAUGAUAGAAGCAGCGGAGGGAACUCCUGAAACACCAGUUCAUGGCGUGAAGGGUCCCUCAAUCAUCAUGACCAUUCCACGGUUUAACCCUGUUGAUGGGUUUAUCCCAGACUACCAACACUGCGUUUGUCUCGGUGUCAUGCGGCAGCUGCUGAAGCUGUGGCUUGACACCGAGAACCAUGAUCAGCCAUGGUAUGCUGGGACUAAACUAGUGACCAUGAAUGCCAUUCUCCUGGGCAUCCUGCCACCCACAGAGGUCACCCGCACACCCAGGAGGUUUGAGGACAGAGCCUUCUGGAAGGCUUCAGAGUUCAGGAUGUUACUUCUUUUUUAUGGCUAUGUUGUUCUCAAGCCUGUUUUGCUAGCACCAUACUUCCAGCACUUUACAUUGCUGGCAUAUGCCACAUACCUGCUACUAAAACAGAGCGUAUCAACCUCCGAGAUCUGUGAAGCUCGGGUUCUGCUGAGCAAGUUUGUGUUACAAAUGGGAAGACUGUACGGUGCAGAACACAUGUCAUACAAUGUGCACCAGCUUCUGCAUCUGGCAGAUGCAGUUGCUGCGUGGGGACCUCUGUGGGCAAACUCUUGCUUCCCAUUUGAGGGAAGGAACGCAGUUCUGCUUAGUUACUUCUCGGGCACACAGUGUGUGGGCCAGCAGAUUGCAAGGACUUUUCUUCAGUGGCAGCAGCUGGCCCCAUUGAUAACCAGGAUGAGCCUCCCACAGGCAGUAGUGUUUUUUGAAGAAAUGAUGGGCCGAAAGACCAUGGGGCGCACAGGUACCCAAAUUCCAGUCGUGUACACACGCCACAACACAAGUGCCCAGAAUGUAAGAUUUGAGGUGGCAGUAGAGAGGGCUUUAGAUGCACCGCCAUCAAGCCUGACUUAUUACCACCGCUUUCAGUGCAAUGGCAUUGUCUGGAACUCUGAGUCCUACCCAAUGCCAAAAAGAGCCAACUGUGUUGCUCAACUCAGUGAUGGAUCUUUUGGCAUUGUGCAGGCACUCGCAGUGUUUAAGCUUGCAUGUACUACGUCUGACAUCCAACACAUUGUGCUUAUGGAGAAACUGCAGCUGACUCCUACGGUAGUUUUUAAGGACGUACAGCUAGGACUGCCAUUUUUGUCCGUGCGUGAAGGUGCAAGAUCGGGUGUUGUCACAGCUUGCAGUUCCAAGCAGCUAAUGACCAAAUGUGUCAUUAUGGACCGCACCGAAGACACUUUCCUUCUUGUGCCCCUACCGAACAAGGUAGAGCGCGAUUAA